AAAACUAUCAAGUAUGGAACUGCAAUGACCUAUUUUGCUGCUAUUAUGGAUAUGUACCAGAAGCAAGUUAAAGUUGGUGUGAACAACUACUCUCACCCUCGCAAGGCUUGUAUUCAGCUGUUAGAUAACAUGAAAAAAGUCGAAUUUGCUGACCUUCAGACAGUCAUGUUGGAUUGUGAAGAACCUUCCAAAUGUCCUGCCUUUGUCUUGGUCUUGAAGCAGGGAAAGAUAAACCAGUUUGGACAAAUUGAGCUUGCAGCCUGCUUGCAAAAUUCCAAGGUUGAGAUUUGUCCAUUCAUAGCACUUGGAUGCUAUUUCUUCUGGAAAUGA